CCUCGAUCAACAUCAACACCCCCCAGUUGUGCGCGCAACCGACUCACGCUCCUUUCAUCCACAGUCCUGCGCAUGAUUGACAAUGGCAAAUAACAGGGGCACCUGCCUCUACACCGAGGCGCGACUUAACAUUCAGCCCGCAUACCCAGGUUCGACCAUCGCUUUCACUCUACCCGCAACUACGACUUCAACCUUCGGCACGCGUACACAACCCAAGCGGAGCGUUGUAAAUGACGAGAGCAUCGGCCAGGAUGAGGGCGAAUUUGCGAGACGUCAUCUAGGGACCGAUGGGUCCAUGUACUUCAGGCGGAAACAGGAUUCUUACCCGAGAUCUUUGCUUUGGCGACUCCUGGACAAACGAAAGGCCCUCGAGAUACAGGCGGUGGAUCUCGACCAGGAUUCCAGAGGCACACAUGAAGCAAACCUCACCAUAAUUCUACAGUUCUCCGCGCCGAUUCGACCAUUCUGCAUCGCCUUCGCCGAACCAGACGAUCGAGACGCGGUUACGAUAUUUGCCAUCACCUCUGCCAACGACCUAUAUUCAAUAACCCUGCAUCGCGAUUUCUUCAGCAACCCAACCGCCUCGGAGCAGGAUAUUGGCGAUUGGUGCAAGAGGUCUUCCAUCAACCAAUUUGUCCUCCGUGUUCCGUACCGCCUCACCGCUUUGAAUCACAACGAAUUGCUGGUGUCGUUGGACAAUGGAGGGAUAUUACAGCUAAAAAGAGAUGCCAAAGAUGAACUCGCGUGGUCGGAGAUCCUUUAUCAACAGAGCAGCUGGACAGGCUCUGUGCGAGGUUGGCUACCAUGGAAGGGAGAGCAGAAGAUACGAUUCGACAACACGGACUUGGACGCAACUGCCGCCGCCGCAGUCGCAUUGUCCCCCGACAAACAGCACAUUUUCUCUGUCUGCCUGAACCACCGGCUCCGUGUAUGGAACAUCGCAUCUGGCAGACCGGGCCUCCAGUUGGACCUCCUUGGUGAACCGAUUCAUACCAACGAGAAGACAACGCCGUAUUUCAUUGGACCCUCACAGCUGGGGCUUAUGUCGGUUGUCAACAUCCAAGGUGGUGUUGAUGGCGCUCUGUAUCACGUUGUUACCUACUCACCGAAGCAGCACCAGUUCAAAUUCUGGGGCAUCCGAGACGCCGAUGACCUGGAACUUGGAUUCUACGAAGUGAAGCAGGGUGUCGACUUCAUCCCGCCUGUUGACGAGCUAAUGGACUCCACGGUCUGGACGUUGGAGGAAUUCAUCAUCAACCCUGGACCGGCCGGGUGGAGGGGCACAGAACUCUGGAUCCGGGCACGAUCGGGACCUAGCAGCAGAGUGUAUUCGCUCAAAUUCGACCUGAAUGAGGAUUCCAAGAAACUAGCCGAGAUAUGGAAGAACGAAUGGGUAUCGGUGGAUUUGGGACCCCUGACUAUCGAUGCAUUGAAGACGAAUCCCUCCAACCCGAGCGAUGCGGAAAUAGAUCCCUCGGAAGCAUUCGAUCUAGCCUCGACAGAAAAAUGGCUCGAUUUCCUAUUCUUCCCAAGCCGAUUCACGACGGCAACACUGGAAACAGCAUUGGUCGUAUUCCAAAGAGGGUUCAGUCAGGAGAAAGGAGCUCAAAUUCCUACACGGGGUUCGCUGAAAGAACGGAUUUGCUCGACUAUUGGAGCAUUUGCAGCUAUCAGAUGCCCUGAAGAUUCUGAUGCGCUUGCGUUUGAAGAGUCCGUGGCUGCUCAGUGGCAAGCGUUCUACGGACUGAUCAGGGAUCUGCACAAACGUCGAGGAGAGUCUUUGUCUCUGGUAUACGAUUUCAAGGAAGAUAUGCCGUGGCUCGUCCAAAGCGACUAUGUCACAGCAAUUCGCCAAUGCAGUGAGCCAGAAACGUUCAGGCUUAACGUCUCUGCACUGUCUUCCUCUCGGUCCCUUAGCGGCCCCCUUCGCAAACAGCUCCCUAACAACGAGACUGGCGACGUAGCGAGAUUGUUGAAUGCAGCGGCCUCCUUCCGACGGGGCCUUCCUACUUCGUUCCAACAACAACUGCAGGAUCAGGUCGAGGCCGAGCUUCUUCAAAGCCAGUCGCUGUCCAUCGUAGACCGCAUGGAGCUGCUCGAGCAGAAUCUCGAUUUGUCCCGUCAGGUCUCUGACGAGGAUCUUUCUUUGCUUGUCGAGGAUCUAGGAAUGGAUGUGAAGGAUCUGACAACGGACAAGUUCCUACACGCCAUCUCCCUGUUGGGCCAGAAAGAGGAAGGGUCACUGAACCGAAAGAGACAAGCAACGCGUUACGGCGUCCAAGCGCUUAUCACUAUUUCUCAGGAAGUUCUCCAACUUAAUUACAGCACCCUGCUGGAUCUUCUGGUCCUGGUCCUGUUCAUGCAGUUCGAAGAGGACCUAUCGGAGGAGUUUGAGGCAUCAGAGGUCUACAUCGAGUUGAUCAACCAGCUCAAGGACUGUGUUGUGUUGACCUGGUUGGCCAGCAAUGCUUGGGCGAACCAAGCCUCGACGGGACCUAGUUCAGAAAACAUGAUGAAGCACCUUUCAGACACGUACAAUCUGUCGCGGAAGCUUCCUCUUACACAGACUGUCCUGGAAGGGAUCUAUGGCCACAGAGCUUUCGACCUUUCAAUACCAAGGGUGCUCAAGAGCAACUUCCUGACAUAUUGGGCAAGAGCAUGGUUGAGUCAAACGUUUGAGCAUCGUGGGUAUGAUGCCACUCUGGACGAUAUCAUGGGAAUAUUGUUACUACAGAAAGAGUAUGUGGUAGCUGCUCGGUUUUCAAAACUACUGGGCGACGACAACUACACGACGUAUCUCAAGGGUCGGAUGCAUGUAGCGUUGGGAGAGAACCACCUAGCUUCGAUUUGCUUUCAGAAGGCUGCAUAUCACCUCGGCGUCGGCAUGUUCAGCCUCGAAGAUGCGGAUACCAUCAACUUGAUCCCGGUAGACCAGCAAGAUUCGUUCUCGGAUGGUCUCCCCAAGUACUAUCACCACGUCCUUGGACUGUUUGAGAAGGUCAAGGCGUACACAUACGUGGCAGAUUUUGCUCGACUAGGCCUCAGAGCGUUGAACGGAAAUGAGAACGAAGAGCUGAAGACGGACCUUCUUCUACGCCUUUUCACUGCAUCUGUCCAGACUUCGAGGUUCGACGAAGCAUACACAGCACUUACCAGACACACCAAUUCAGCACUCAGAUUCUCAGACUUGCGUAAACUUGUCAAAGUGAUGAUUCAGCAAGACCAAACGCAAGCACUCUUGAAGUUCCCGUUCGUUGGACUGGUGGAUGAUGUCGAUAACAUCCUUACUGAUCUCUGCCACAAUACUCUGAACCUUUCCUCUGGCCCUCCAUACUAUGAGAUACUAUACGCUUUCCGCAUAUCGAGAAACAACUUCCGAGGCGCAGCUGCCAUCUUAUAUGAGCGACUCCAGCGGCUCAAGACAACCUCAUCACAGGCCCACGACCCCGCGGAUGAAUCAUUAACGCAAUGCUACCUCAUGAUCAUCAACACACUAUCAUCUGUCAGCAAAGAGGACGCAUAUCUCCUCGCAGAUCAACGCAUUGCCGAUCCAGGGGCGCCACAGUGGGGUCUCGGGAAAGCAAAGAAGUCCUUGACCAGGCAGAUCGUGACGCUCGAUUCCCUGAGAAAAGAGUACCAGGCCGAGUUGGACCGUGUAGAAGCAAUUGAGAACGGACAAUACCCCUUCCUGGAUAAUGGCGACGACAUGGACAUCUUGUAAUGCCGAUGUUAUGGGCUUCUUAGCGUGGCGUUUCUUGUUUCAUUUAUUGGGAUGGGUCCGGUCAGAUCAAAUGGAAUCUUGGAAGAGAGUCGGGGAAGGAACUGAAGGAAUUCAGAAAUUCACUUUGUAGCAUUGGGCUUUACCCUCAUAUAUGUAGUACCUAAAGUAAAAGAAUCUUACC